CAGACCGUUGUUCGCAUUUAAUAAUGGCCAGUAAUUUAGACAAACUGUUUGAGUAUAUUCGCUCAAAGGAGGAACUUUAUAUUCAAAGAUUGACGGAUGUUGUUGCGAUCCAAAGCGUAUCGGCUUGGGCUGAUAAGCGGGGUGAAUGCAUUCGGAUGAUGGAGCACACCAAGACUGAAAUGGAAAAACUUGGUUGCGAUGUCAAGCUUAUGGAUAUCGGCACCCAGGAUAUUGGUGGCGAAUCAUUACCUCUGCCCCCCAUCAUACUUGGUUGUCUUGGUAAAGAUCCUGACAAGAAAACAUUGUGUGUUUACGGUCACUUAGAUGUCCAGCCUGCAUGUGUAGAAGAUGGCUGGGAUACGGAACCAUUCGUAUUAACUGAGGUAUGA